GAGCACAAUUCGAGUGCGCGAUAUUCAAUACUUACUUUUCGUUAACCUAUAAAAUUUUGAUAAUUUAUUUUAUAAAUUUGUAAAAACUUGUUAUAUAUGUAUAAUUCUUAUAUAAGCAUAUUUUACGAUUUAUAGAAAUUAUUUUCUUCUUUAAACAAAACGUCAUUAUAAAAUAUAUAAUUAUUAGUAUAUAUCUAUUAAUGUAUCCCAUUUCAGCAUCGACAUUUCUGUAUUAUUAAAUGUUCCUAUGUCGUGUAAAGUAAAUAAGCGAUGAGCAUGCAUUUUCUAAGCAGUUUUUCUAUUAUUAAAUAUCACAGAAAACAGUUUUUAGGACAUCUUAUCGCUAAAUUUAGUACUAUGGCACACCCAUUAGUUGCAGUAUGUCAAAUGACAUCAACAAAUGAUAAAGAAAAAAAUUUACAAACUGUACGAGAACUAGCUGAGAGGGCUAAAUCUAGGACAGCUUGUAUUGCUUUCUUUCCUGAAGCCUGUGAUUAUUUAGCCGAUAAUAAAAAAGAUAUAAUAGCCAUGGCUCAACCUUUGAAUGGAUCAAUAAUAUCAAGCUACAAAGAAAUUGCUAAAGCAAAUAAAAUUUGGUUAUCGUUAGGUGGAUUACAUGAAGCAUUAAAUGACGAUAAAAAUCGUAUAAGUAAUACACAUGUUGUAAUAAACAGUGAAGGGGAAAUAGCCAGUAUUUAUCGUAAAAUCCAUUUAUUUGAUAUGGACAAUAAAACUACUGGCGUGAGAUUGAUGGAAUCAGAUUAUGUCUUAGCAGGGCAAAAGAUUGAACCACCUAUAUCAACACCAGUUGGUAAAUUAGGCCUCAGUAUUUGUUAUGAUAUGCGUUUUCCCGAAUUAUCUCUUUCAUUAAGAAAUAUGGGAGCAGAAAUUCUCACAUAUCCAUCAGCAUUUACAUAUCAAACAGGUGCUGCUCAUUGGGAGGUAUUAUUGCGUGCAAGGGCUAUAGAAACACAAUGUUAUGUUAUAGCUGCAGCUCAAACUGGUACACAUAACAAAAAGAGAGUGAGCUGGGGUCAUGCAAUGAUUAUUGAUCCAUGGGGAACUAUAGUAGCGCAGUGUAGUGAAAAGACUGAUAUGGUUUUAGCAGAAAUUGAUUUAAACUUAUUAAAACAAAUUCGGCAAAAUAUGCCGUGCGAAAAUCAUCGUCGAACAGAUGUAUAUCCUAAAAUAGAACCCUGUAAUCUUUAAUUCAAAUGAUGUAUAUAUGCGUAUAUAUCUACAUAAUUAGCAAAAAGAAAGGAAAGGAGCAAAUGCUCGUGCUAAGCCCGAUAUUUUAUGUAAAGUAACUAGGGAUUGAAAUGUAAUAAACAUUAUAUUUUCUUAAUAUACAUAUAUAAAACAAACAUU